GGGUCCGCAGCGCGCCACCGGAGGAGGAAGUGGUGCGUUUGUUGCUCCCUCUGCGCCCACUGCUGUCUCCCGGGGCGCGGAGAGGGGCAGCUGCCGUCGCCGCUGCGUCGUCCCCUUCACUACUGUUUUCCUCCAUGUGCCCCGGCGCCGUCGCUCCCCUUCCUCAGGCCGCCGCUUACCCCGGGGUCUAUGGAAGUAAUGGAAGGACCCCUCAACCUGGCUCAUCAACAGAGCAGACGAGCAGAUCGUUUAUUAGCUGCAGGGAAAUACGAAGAGGCUAUUUCUUGUCACAAAAAGGCUUCAGCAUAUCUUUCUGAAGCCAUGAAGCUCACACAGUCUGAGCAGAUAACCAGCUGCAUGUUAGAAAGGCCAGGAAGUUUCUCACUGUCAGCUUUUCACAGAAGGACAACAGACAUUUCGUUCAGAAACUAAGUGGUAUGUAGGAAGUCACAGCUAUCCUGCCAUGGUGACCGCAGGUCGCGCCUCCUGCCUGGAAACCAUUAUUAAGAGGAAACAAGAUAUUUUCAAGAUCGUUCCUUCAGAGCCAUUGUCUGUCCCUCAUGUUUUAUCAAGGUUAUUGAGAUAAUAAAAAUACUUUGUCUCUAAAUCAAU